AUGGAGCUUUUUCUUUUUGUGGUCUGGAACUUUGAGCUCUACAUGAUACCACUGGCUUUGUUGCUGCUGCUGGCAUGGAACUACUUCUUGAUCAUAUCAGGAAAAGAAAACAGGCAACAUGAUACAGUAGUGGAGGACAUGCUAGAGGACGAGGAAGAAGAGGAUGACAGAGAUGACAAGGACAGUGAAAAGAAAGGAUUUAUGAAUAGACUUUAUGCCAUCCAGGAGGUGUGUGUCACUGUCCAGAAUAUCCUAGAUGAAAUUGCUUCCUUUGGUGAGAGGAUCAAGAAUACAUUCAACUGGACUGUCCCAUUCCUGAGCUGGCUGGCAAUUUUUGCCCUCUCUGUGUUCACCAUCAUCCUAUAUUUCAUUCCACUGAGAUACAUUGUCCUUGUCUGGGGCAUCAAUAAAUUUACAAAGAAGAUUCGAAAUCCAUAUGCAAUUGAUAACAAUGAGCUACUUGACUUUCUCUCCAGAGUCCCUUCUGAUGUGCAAGUGAUGCAAUACCAUGAACUGAAACAAGAUCCUACUCACAGCCCAAGCAAGAGAAAGAAAAACAAUCCUACCUAGCCAACUUCAUGUGUUAAGGAGACCAGCAGUUGCAAGGGGAAGACAAAAGAGCAAGCCUAAGAAGCAUUUCCUUUCUCUAAGAUUUUUAUUUAUCUUGCCUUUUUAUGUAGUGGAGAGAUUUUGUAACAGUAUUAAAAGGUGGAAAAUGGUUUCUGGUGUAAAAUCUAUUUCUCAUUGUAAAGACAUUUGUUUCAAGUAGGUUUUUUGUCAUUUUAAAGUCUUGUUAGAAACAAUGUAACAGAUACAAUGAGUCAAUCUAAAAUGGAGACUAUAUAUUGCUACUUGAUGGUCAAAGAUACAUGAGAUAGUCAAAUCAUGUGAACUAAACGUACAAAACAUCUAAAUCUGACUCAGAAAUUUCUCAUAUUUUAUUUGUGAGCAUUAAUAUUUUUAUCCAGUAAGUCACCAUUACAACUUUCUAUGUUUUAUAUAUUACAAGAGAAAUACAAUGUAGUGGAACAUACUGCACUUAAGUUUUAGCAGUUUUUUUUAAAUUUCAGACCCUGAUGUUAACUCCUGGUGCAACAUUUUUCUAUGUGGUAGGGCUGUUUAUAAGACAGUGAGAAACACCAAGUGAAAAUCUCUUUCUGGAGCUCCCAAAAGCAGUUCCUUCUGUCUUUAUCAUUCCAUUGUAAGACCUAAAAAUCUCUGUUUCAAAAUACUGCCAGGUUUGUAACUGAUUGCCUGUCAUAUUUUUCUACAUGUACCAGUAGUCUUCAUUUGUACUACAUAGCUUAGCUCUAAUGGGUAAAACUAACUCCAUUACUGCUUUGGGUGUCAUGCUAUGAACACUUUUUGUGCAUAUAACUAUUUUAAUAUGGAUAUCUUGCAAAAAAGCUUUUUCAUUCAAAUUACAAGAUCAUAUUAAUAUGCUUUAUGGUAUAACAUUGCCUGUUACCAAUGUGAAAUACUGUGCAGAGGAAAAAAAUGCAGUUGUGGUAAAACUGAUAUACCAGGGUUUUUUCCUUAGUUAAUACUGUCAGUUCUUCUGAUACAAUAUUUCCCUACUGCAUGGAAACUGCAUUAUCUUAUGAAUUACAUGGAACAUAGAUGAGAAACAUUUACAUUUCAAAUGUCUUAGUGGCCACUGCAUAACGAGUACUUGGGGAUAUAUUCUGGUAGCUGCAUGCAGACUUCCAAACUCAGCUCCCCAAAUAGUGAGCGGAGACUCAUUCCUGAGGGACUACCUGUGCACAGCUCCUCAUUAUUAGCUCCCAGUGACAUUAAAGGGGAUUUUUGCCCAGGGGAGAGUGACAGGACUGCAUUCUCCAGGGGGGCUGUGGUCCUCUCUGGAUUACCUCUCACUGGUUGCAAAUGCAGAUAAAGUUAUAUUGCACUAUUCUAAAAAUACUUUUUGAAAAGUCUAUUUAGAAAUACUUCGCAAGAACAUGUGAAUAUGUAUUUGUCCAAAGAAAUAUGUGUUAGUUGCAUUGCUCAUGAAGGAUCAUCCUGGAUUUCUUUGUUUUGCAGAUAAGAUGAUAGCCAAGUUCUUAUGUGACAGUUACUUUGAUCUUUCUGUUUGUACAUUUAAAAGAAUGCCAAUCAAAUGAAUCGUCUACAGAAAGCCUUGGACUUAAACAAGCUCUUGUUACAUCAUGACUUUGAAAGAGUUUAAUUUUGCAGCUUGUGUAACCUUUUGACUAUAUCCUACCUGAAGAGCAACAUACUACUGAUGAAAUCAGAAGCACUGGUCAGCCUAUUCUGUUUUAAAAAAAAAACAAAUUUGUGACUCAACAAGAUGUGAAUGUUUGUUGCCUGUUGUCAGUUUCGCACAUUUCUUUAAUACACUGCAAUCCUUGUACCUUCUUAACGUUGCCCACCAGCCUGCGUGUGAUUUCUUGUCUUUUUUAUUGUACACCAUUUCAAAUGUCUACUUUGGUGGUAAUAUCUCAGCUGGUUAUGCAUGUUUCCAAAAUUAAACACAC